AUGGAUAGCUUAACAGAUAGACCUUGCAACUAUGUUGAAAUCCUGACUGCAAGUGCAGAAACUGUCAAUGCACAUCAGACUGCAAAUCAUCCUGUGCAAAGAACUGCGACUGUUCUGCUGGCAAUUGCAAAUGCUGUUGUCAUUGCGACUGUAGUAACUGUCAAUGUACAUCGUGCAGCAAAUCAACCAGUGGAAAAACUUGCGACUGUUCAGACGAUAAUUGCACAUGCUGUUCUCAAUGCAACUGCACGAGCUGUAAAUGCACAUCAUGUACUAAGUCGCCGAAUGAAAACACUUGCGACUGUUCAGCUUGCGAUUGCAAAAACUGCUCUGAUUGCAACUGUACUAGCUGUAAAUGCACAUCAUGCAGCAAAUCGUCGAGUGGAAACACUUGCGACUGCUCAGCUUGCAAUUGCAAGAGCUGCUCUGAUUGCAACUGUACUAGCUGUAAAUGUACAUCAUGCAGCAAAUCGUCCAGUGGAAAUACUUGCGACUGUUCAGCUUGCAAUUGCAAAUGCUGCUCUGCUUGUAACUGUACUAGCUGUAAAUGCACAUCAUGCAGCAAAUCGUCCAGUGGGAACACUUGCGACUGCUCAGCUGGCAAUUGCAAAUGUUGCUCUGAUUGUAAAUGCACUAGCUGUAAAUGCACAUCAUGCAGCAAAUCGUCCAGUGGAAACACUUGCGACUGUUCAGCUUGCAAUUGCAAAUGUUGCUCUGAUUGUAACUGCACUAGCUGUAAAUGCACAUCAUGCAGCAAAUCGUCGAGUACAAACACUUGCGACUGUUCAGCUUGCAAUUGCAAAAGCUGUUCUGAUUGUAACUGUACUAGCUGUAAAUGCACAUCAUGCAGCAAAUCGUCGAGUGGAAAAACUUGCGACUGUUCAGCUGGCAAUUGCAAAUGCUGUUAUUAUUGCAACUGUACUAGCUGUAAAUGCACAUCAUGCAGCAAAUCGUCGAAUGGAAACACUUGCGACUGUUCAGCUGGCAAUUGCAAAUGCUGCUAUUAUUGCAACUGUACUAGCUGUAAAUGCACAUCAUGUAGCAAAUCGUCCAGUGGAAAAACUUGCGACUGUACAGCUUGCAAUUGCAAAAGCUGUUCUGAUUGUAACUGUACUAGCUGUAAAUGCACAUCAUGCAGUAAAUCGUCAAGUGGAAACAUUUGCGACUGUUCAGCUUGCAAUUGCAAAUGCUGUUCUGAUUGUAACUGUACUAGCUGUAAAUGCACAUCAUGUAGCAAAUCGUCGAAUGGAAACACUUGCGACUGUUCAGCUGGCAAUUGCAAAUGCUGUUCUGAUUGUAACUGUACUAGCUGUAAAUGCACAUCGUGCAGAAAAUCGUCGAGUGGAAGAACUUGCGACUGUUCAGCUGGCAAUUGCAAAUGCUGUUCUGAUUGUAACUGUACUAGCUGUAAAUGCACAUCAUGCAGCAAAUUGUCGAGUAAAAAUACUUGCGACUGUUCAGCUUGCAAUUGCAAGAGCUGUUAUUAUUGUAACUGUACUAGCUGUAAAUGCACAUCAUGCAGCAAAUCGUCGAGUGGAAAAACUUGCGACUGUUCAGUUGGCAAUUGCAAAUGCUGUUCUGAUUGCAACUGUACUAGUUGUAAAUGCAUAUCAUGCAGCAAAUCGUCCAGUGGAAGCACUUGCGACUGUUCGGCUUGCAAUUGCAAAUGCUGCUCUGAUUGUAACUGUACUAGCUGUAAAUGCACAUCAUGCAGCAAAUCGUCGAGUGGAAACACUUGCGACUGUUCAGCUGGCAAUUGCAAAUGCUGUUAUUAUUGCAACUGUACUAGCUGUAAAUGCACAUCAUGCAGCAAAUCGUCGAAUGGAAACACUUGCGACUGUUCAGCUGGCAAUUGCAAAUGCUGUUACUAUUGCAACUGUACUAGCUGUAAAUGCACAUCAUGCAGCAAAUCGUCGAGUGGAAACACUUGCAACUGUUCAGCUUGCAAUUGCAAGAGCUGUUCUGAUUGUAACUGUACUAGCUGUAAAUGCACAUCAUGCAGCAAAUCGUCCAGUGGAAACACUUGCGACUGUUCAGCUUGCAAUUGCAAAAGCUGUUCUGAUUGUAACUGUACGAGCUGUAAAUGCACAUCAUGCAACAAAUCUGCAAGUGGAAAAACUUACGACUUUUCAGCUUGCAAUUGCAAAUGCUGUUCCGACCGCAAUUGUACUAGCUGUAAAUGUAAAUGUACAUCAUGCAGCAAAUCACCAAGUAAAAAAACUUGCGACUGUUCAGGAAAUGCAGCCAGCUAUAAUUAUAAGAAAUAGGAGUGUGUCAACCACAGCCGUUCAAAAGGAUGCAGGAAGUUAA